AUGAUGUUCUUCAUGUUCUGCAUCUUCUUGUACUUCAUGGCCAUUAUACUGUAUGCCUUCUUCACCGUUCCUCAUGUCCGGGAGAACCCUCGCUAUAUACUGUUUAUCCACAUGCUUGUCAAUGAUCUUGUAUAUCUAGCUGUUUCAUUUUUUCUCUUCCUGUCUCUUUUGUGCGCGGUAUACAUGCCUGUGCUGGUUUGCUACACAAUCAUCACCUUCUCCACGUGCACAUUUAGUAUUACUCCGUACAAUGUGGCGGUCAUGUCUUUAGAACGUUAUGUAGCCAUUUGCCAUCCAUUAAGACAUGUGGAAUUGUGCACUGCGCAGAGAUCUAGUAUUGCUAUCGCCAUCAUGUGGACAGUGGUGCUCAUUCCACAGCUCCCCGAUUUUAUUGCAUUUUGUUUUACUGUGGAGAAACGCGUCUUUUCAAUCAGUGUCCUCUGCAACUGGCCACUGCUAAUAGUGAAUGAGGUACAAGUGGUCUUAAGAACAGUAACCAUAGUAAUUAGCUUUACCGUGGUUGUACUGAUAAUCGGGUACACGUACAUCAAAGUUAUGCUGGUGGCUCGGAGGAUUGCUUCUGGGAAAUCUGCUUCUAAGGCUGGAAAAACUGUCCUGCUCCACGCGUUUCAGCUCAUGUUGUGCAUGUUGUCUUUAUUGAAUUCAUAUACUGACAAAUAUUUGUCACCAUAUUUUUACUAUAUGCCAUUAAUCAACUAUUUCCUGCUUACGUGUAUUCCCAGAUUUAUAAGUCCAUUAAUUUAUGGAAGUAGGGAUGAAGUUCUAGAUUAUAAGCCGCUUCUGUCUCCACUUCCCCACUACAUACACCUGAGUUCCCCAGAGUUUGCAGCUGUUGAGAAAUGCGCAGCUUCUCAAACCAUGGGAUCAUAUUGGAAACAGCCUCCAUUUUAUUUCUUGUUCCACAUUGGUUAUUGCAAAAAAGUUACUUUGAUCACAGCACCCGACGAGACUCCAGCUCCAUACAGAUAUGACAUUGCAAAUGGAUUUGCUGAGCACCCAGCAGCAGAUAUUCCCACUAUACUGACACUCAAGACGUAG